AUGGACUUUAAUCUUGAUAUAAAUACAUCAUCAGAUGGUGUAUCUGAACAAAAGAAAAUAAGAUUAGAUAAUGUUGAUGGAAAUUGUAAAAAUCAUACUGAAAAUGGAAUAUCAAGUUCAUUAGCUUCACUUUUUCCAAAAAAUGAAGAUAAUAGUAAUGGAGAAUUUAAUGUUGACUGGGGAAAUAUUUUUUCUAAAGUAACUAAUAAUGGAAUAUUUAAAUGUGAAGAUGGUAUUAAAAAAGAUUCUGAUGAUACAAAUAAUUCACCAAUUGAAAAUACUACAAAAUCUGAACAUAUUCAACGUGGUAAUAACAAUAAUAAUAAUAAUAACAAUGAACAUAAAAGUAAUAAUAUACAAAAUGUAUUACAAAAUAUGAAUAAUCCUAUUGCUACAAUGUUUCUUGCUUCACAUGCACAAAAUAUUUUAAGAGGAAAUGGUAAUAUGUCAUCAGGGCAACCAUUUAAUCCAAUGUUUAUGCCUUUUAUUCCUGGAAUGAGUAAUUGUGAAAAUCCACAACAAAUUCUUCAAUUUUUACAACAACAAAUAGGAGUUAAUGGUAAUGAUCCACAUUUAAUACAAAUGUAUAUGCAACAAACACAAAAUUAUUUUAAGUCUUUAUUACAGAAUCCUGAAAAUAAAGAAGCUUUAAAACAAACAUUAUUAGCUUCCCAUCGUGGAUCAUCACAAACACCCAUGUCAACAACUCCACCAACUGUUGGUAUUCCAGGAGCUGUUGCUGUUGCUGCAUCACCUGCUGCUGCUUUAUUUCCUGAAGAUGACUGGUCCUGGCAUAGAAAUCCUGCUGCAGCUAUACGAAGCGGUGGAACAAAUAAACAGACACCAGUUUGGAAAUAUUUUGUUUAUAAUAAACAAGAAAAUAUUAGUAGAUGUAUUAUAGGAGAUUGUAGUUAUAUGCUCAAAGGACCACAUACAUCAACAUUAGCCUGUCAUCUCAAAAAACAUCCUGCCGAAUUUGCUGAAUUUCAAAGACUUAAACAAGAGUAUACCCGUGAAAGAAGUGUCAGUCAAAUAGGUAAUCCUACAACACCUACAUUCAAAAAUUCUACUAAUAAUAAUUAUAAUAAUUUCAAUAAUGGAGGAAACUACAAUAAGAUGAGAGGAAAUUUUAAUGCUAUUGGUGGUGGAAUAAAAAAUAAUCAACUUAAACAACAACCAGAUAUGAAUAAUAUUUGGAAUACUUUAAGUGCUAAAGCUCAUUCACAAGUAACAAAUUAUCAAAAUGAAAAUAAUAAUAAAAUGAGUAAUACACAAAAUAAGAAUCAACAUAUUCAAUUAAAUGGUAAUAUGAAUAAUAAUAUGUUAGGAAAUGUUCAAUAUAAUCCUAGUGAACUUCUUAAUAUAAUGACUGCUAAUAUUAGUUCAUUUUUACCAACAAAUAAUAAUGAAAGAAAUGAUAAUAAGGAAGAAAAAAUAAAUAUAAAAAAUGAUGAAAAAGAAACUACUUCUCCUGGAAGUGUUAAUAAUGAAAAUAUUAAUAGUGGAGAUAAUAGUAGUAGUGAAAAUAAUGAUAGUAGUAUAUUUAGUAGAUCUCCAUCAAAUAUUCUUUCAGGUAAUCAAGGAAAUGAAGAUAAAUGGAUGAAGGAGGAUAAAAAACAAAAAGAUCUUGAAGUUAAAUUAGCUAUGAUGUUAGGAACAACACAAUUACCAUUAAAAAUUAUUCAAAAUUCUGAUUUUAGAAAUUUUUUAAAAAUGGCUCAACCAAAAUUUGAUAUUCCAGUUGAAGUAAAAGAUAUAGAUGAGAUUCUUAAUAAUAAAUAUCAGCAAAUGACUGAUAUAUUAAAAAAAGAACUUUCUAAAUUAUCUAGUUAUACAUUAAUGAUUGACUUACUUAAAAUAUCACCAAAAUCAAUUGAUAUAUUUACUUCAAGAAAACGAAAAUAUCAUGAAACUACUAUGUUAAAUGACAAUGAAUGCCAUAUACAAAAUUCAAAUGAAUCAAUUAUUUCUUUUCCACCAUCAAUUCAAAGUGAUGUUACCAUAAUUUCCGAUGAUUCAUGUGUUAAUGGAUCUUCAAUAAAUCUCCCAAAUUUACAGAUCUCACCUGCAACUGUUUCAUGUUCUUCAUCAAUCUCACCUAGUCAAAUUUCAAGUACACCAUCAACAUAUGAUGAAAAAAAUGGAACAUUUGAAAGUAUUAAAAGAAAUUAUGAAGAAUAUAGAUUAUGUGUUUCUGUAACUUAUUAUAAUAAAAAUACUGGAAAAAUUGAAAUUAUUUUACUUGCUGUUAAACCAAUUAUAUUUAAAAAUGAUGAAUUUAAAAUAAUUUUAAGUGAAACAGUUAAAUCAAUUUUACAAGAAUAUAAUAUGGAUAUAGAUAAAGCUUCUAAAAUAUUAACACAUGGUUUAACUGAAUGUGGAAUAGAUGAUAAUGAUUUAUUUACAAAACAAAUGAUGCCAUAUAAUUUUAAACUAUAUCAAUUUUUAAAAAAAGUUCUUCAAUCAAAUAGUACAGUUCAAAAUUUAAAAAAAGCAUUUAGUCAGAUGAUGAAUCCAUUUUUAUGUAAUCAACAAAAUAUUGAUGAAUUUAAUAAACAUCUUUCUGAAUAUGGUCAAGAAAUUAAUCAGUAUGAUAGUUUUUUUAAAUUAGCAUCUGCUGUUCUUACUGCUAAAGAAGUUUUUUUAACAAUAUUUUUAAGAAAAGUUAAUUUUAAUACUUCUUCUACAAUGAUGAAUGAAGAGAAAUGGAAUCAAUUAGAUCAAUUAAUACAACUUUUAAAAAUGUUUAAUGAUCAUACUUCAAGAAUUAUUGGUAAUGAAUUAACAACAAUAGAUAAAGUUGUUCCUAGUCUUAUGCAAUUAAAAGUAUCAUUAGAAAGAGGUUAUAAUGGGUUUGAAGAUUUAUGUUAUGAAUUAAAAAAUGAACUUAAUAUGGCUACAGCUAAUAUAUUAGAUACAGAAUCACCAAAUUUUGAUAGUACAUUUAUUGAAGCAACAGCUCUAAAUACUCAAUUAGCUGUUUUAUUAGAUGAUUCACAAAUUGCUUGUGCUAAAACAGCUAUUGAAAAAGCAUUAACAAAACGAAUGAAUUUUCAAUUAAAUGAAAAUAUAUCUAUUGAACAAUCAACAAAUGUACAAUCAGUAUCAUCACCAUCUCUUUCUUCAGCAAGUUCCACAUCUUCUGAGGCAUCUUCUAAUAAUACAGGGUCAAAUACUAUUUCUCAUCCAGCAUCUUCAUUAUUUCCUGACUUGUUACAAGCAGCAAAUCAAAGAAGAAAACAAUUACAAGAUAAUAAUAAAAAUAAUGAAAAUAAAAAAAAUAUUAUGGCAGAAGUUGUUGUACAGUCAUACUUUGAUAAUAUAUAUUCUUCAAAUAAUCAAGCAUUUUCUGUUUUUGAAUCAUCUUCCAUAGAUAACCAAUCACUAAAUUCUAACACAUCUAUAAAUACUCAAUUACCACCAUUAGAAUUUUGGCGUUCAUAUUCCUCAAAAUCAUUUCACCUUUCUGAAUAUGCAAUUGAACUUCUCUCAAUACCUGUUUCAACACUUUCUAUUCAAAAAAUAUUUCAUGAUGAUGAUCAUGGAUCUAGUCUAUCACUUCUUAAUAAAGCUCUUGGUGAUACAAGUACAUCAAUAAUCUCUAUAAAUUUAGACUCUUUUGCCAUAACAAAAGCACUAGAAACUCCAGCUAAAUUUGAAAGAGAUGUUUUUAUUAAAUUUAACAAGAAUCUUAGUAUUAUUAAUGAUAAGAAAAUAAUUUAA